AAGAAAUGUUCGCUGCUUCCGCGGCAGCGCCGCCCCGUUUGAUAAAGCCACUCCUUUUUUACUUCCACUCCUUCCCAUGCCGCGCGCUCCCGUUAGUUCCACUCCCAAACCUUCUCUUCGCCUACGCCUACCAUCGCCGGAGCUCGGUUCGUUCAUCGGCAGUAAUGGCCACCGAGACCAAUCCCAUUAAUGCAGCAUCGCCGCCGGAUCACGCGACCGGGAAAUGGUACUCCGUGCCGGAGCUCCGGCUCCGCGACCACCACUUCACUGUGCCUCUCGAUUACUCUCUGGAUCAGGAUGCUUCUCCUAAGAUCUCCGUUUUUGCGCGGGAAGUUGUUUUGGUGGGGAAAGAAGAGCAGUCGAUGCCAUAUCUUUUAUACUUACAAGGUGGACCGGGAUUUGAGAGUCCCCGACCGACCGAAGCAAGUGGAUGGAUGCAAAAAGCGUGUGAAGAAUUUCGUGUUGUGUUGAUGGAUCAGCGAGGAACAGGAUUAUCAACUCCUCUGACUUCAUCGUCUAUGUCGCAAUUUCAAAGUGCAGAGGACUUAGCCAACUACUUGAAACAUUUUCGAGCUGACAACAUCGUGAAUGAUGCUGAAUUUAUUAGGACUCGUCUUGUUCCUGAUGCUGGACCUUGGACUAUUUUGGGUCAGAGCUUUGGUGGUUUUUGUGCAGUUACUUAUUUGAGUUUUGCACCACAAGGAUUGAAACAAGUCCUCAUAACUGGAGGAAUCCCUCCAAUUGGGAAUAAAUGCACUGCGGAUUCUGUAUAUAGAGCAUGCUUUGAAAAGGUUAUAAUUCAAAACGAAAAGUACUACAAGCGGUAUCCUCAGGAUGUUGAAAUCAUCCGUGAAGUUGCGAAAUACUUGGCUGAGCAUGGUGGCGGGGUUGUUCUUCCCUCUGGUGGUAUCCUAACCCCUAAGGGGCUGCAAGUUCUUGGUCUUUUUGCUUUAGGAUCUAGUACAGGUUUUGAGCGCUUGCAUUAUCUCUUUGAGAGAGUUUGGGAUCCUGUAAUAGUUCCUGGAGCGCCAAAACGAAUCAGUUCUUUCUUCCUCCGCGCUUGUGAUAACUGGCUCUCACUUGAUUCAAAUCCUCUAUAUGUUCUUCUACAUGAAUCAAUAUAUUGCCAGGGUGCCUCAUCUCGGUGGUCUGCUCAAAGAAUAAAGAAUGAACUUAAGAAUAAGUUCGAUGCAAAUAACGCCCUGAAAGAAGGAUGUCCCAUGUUUUUCACAGGCGAGAUGGUCUUCCCGUGGAUGUUUGACGAGAUUCAUGCCUUGAGACCAUUGAAAGAUGCUGCUCGUAUAUUGGCCGAGAAAGAGGAUUGGCCUCCACUAUAUGACGUUGCCGCUCUUAGAAACAACAAGGUUCCAGUCGCAGCUGCUGUUUAUUACGAAGAUAUGUUUGUAAACUUCAAGCUGGCCAUGGAGACAGCUUCCCAGAUAGCAGGAAUAAGGCUGUGGAUAACCAAUGAAUAUAUGCAUUCUGGUCUGCGAGAUGCAGGGCCCCAAGUUCUGGAUCACUUGAUGGGAUUGUUAAAUGGAAAGAAGCCUUUAUUCUGAGGAUUUUCUCCCCCUUUUUGCUUUUCUUCAUGAUUUAUUGGAUUGAAUUGUUGCCAUUGGCUUCUCAUUUUCUCCUCGAUAAGCUUGUUAGAGCUUGUAAACUCAUUAAUUCAUUCUCAUAAUAAGUUUUUUUUAUUUUUUAUUAACAAAUGUGAUGGAGACUGAAAUGCCGAUCCUUAGAGAAAGAGCAAGAUGUUUAAUUGCUGA